UAUUAAAACUGAGUAUGAAAUACUUGUAGCACUCUAAAUUUAUCUCUCAAAAUUUGUGGAUCAAUAACUCUUACAAUAAAAUAAAUCAAAAUUUAAGAAUACAAAUAUGUCUGAGGAGGAUAAAAUAAUGAAACCGUACUUGAGGUGUUGUUCAUUUCAGCCCGUUACCCAUUGCAUUUUCGAGUUGGACGGAUUGCUGAUAGACAGCGAACGUCUGCGAACUGAAUGUGUGCAAAAGAUUCUGGAUCCCUACGGUCACACAUACAGCUUUGACAUUAGGAUGAGGUGCAUGGGAAAGCCAGAUGCCGAGCAGGCUGAACUGAUAGUGAACACUUAUAACCUGCCCUUCAGUCGCACCGAGUUCGAGACUCAGCAGGAGCUUCAAAGUCGCAGCAAAUUGGGUUUCAUACGACUGAUGCCGGGUGUUGAGCGUCUCUUGAAACAUCUUGAUGAGUUCAAUGUGCCCAUGGCCAUCGGAAGUGGCAGUUGUCGGGAUUCGUUUGCCACAAAGACGAGGCGGCAUUCCCGACUCUUCGAUGUCUUCCAUCAUGUGGUUUUGAGCGGUUCGGAUGAGGAGGUCAAGGAGGGAAAGCCAGCUCCAGAUAUCUUCCUAACCACAGCCUCUCGAUUCGAGGAUCCUCCAGAGCCGAGCAAGUGCCUCGUCUUCGAGUCCUCGCUUGCCGGAAUGGAGGCUGCUCUGGCCGCCGGCAUGCAGGUGGUCCUUGUUCCCGAUCCUCUGGUCUCCAUUCGAGCCAGUGCUCCGGCCACUUUGAGGCUGCGAUCCCUGGAGGGCUUCAAGCCUCAGUACUUUGGACUACCACCUCUGUAGAAUGUUUGCUUCAAAUGUCUUUCAUAAAGAACUCUCGCCAUUAAUUAAUAAUAAAUUCCAACCAUCUAAACUUUA